GCAGGCAUGGGGCGCGGCCGCGCCUCCCUCCCUCCCACCCCUCCUCGCGGACGACAGGGCUAGGCGAUGAGCAGACGUGAGGGGCCAGCCGGCCGCCCGGCUCUGCAGGACGCUGCGUGGCUCCUGGUCCCUCCGCGUCCCGGGCAGGAGCGGUUGUGGCUCUGGGGUGGGCGAGGCGCCAGCCCCCCGGCUUCGCUAUGGGGCACAACGGCAGCUGGGUGUCGCCCAACGCCAGCCACCCGCGCAACACGUCGGGCGCCGAGGCGGGUGCCAACCGCAGCGCGUUCGGGGAGCUGAGCGAGGCGCAGCUGUACCGCCAGUUCACCACCGCCGUGCAGGUUGUCAUCUUCGUUGGCUCGCUGCUCGGAAACUUCAUGGUGUUAUGGUCGACUUGCCGCACAACCGUGUUCAAAUCUGUCACCAACAGGUUCAUUAAAAACCUGGCCUGCUCCGGGAUUUGUGCCAGCGUGGUCUGUGUGCCCUUUGAUAUCAUCCUGAGCACCAGCCCUCACUGCUGCUGGUGGAUCUACACCGUGCUCUUCUGCAAGGUGCUCAAGUUCCUGCACAAGGUCUUCUGCUCCGUCACCAUCCUCAGUUUCCCCGCCAUUGCCCUGGACAGGUACUACUCUGUCCUCUAUCCUCUGGAGAGAAAAAUAUCUGACGCCAAGUCUCGGGAGCUGGUAAUGUACAUCUGGGCUCACGCAGUGGUGGUCAGUGUCCCCGUGUUCGCUGUGACCAAUGUAGCUGACAUCUAUGCCAUGUCUACCUGCACGGAAGUCUGGAGCAACUCCUUGGGCCACCUGGUGUACGUCCUGGUCUACAACGUCACCACGGUCAUUGUGCCCGUGGUGGUGGUUUUCCUCCUCCUGAUCCUGAUCCGCAGGGCCCUGAGUGCCAGCCAGAAGAAGAAAGUCAUCAUCGCCGCCCUGAGGACGCCGCAGAACACCAUCUCCAUCCCCUACGCCUCCCAGCGGGAGGCGGAGCUACACGCCACCCUGCUCUCCAUGGUGACAGUUUUCAUCCUCUGCAGUGUACCCUAUGCCACCCUGGUUGUCUACCAGACCGUUCUCAAUGUCCCCAACACCUCCGUCUUCUUGCUCCUCACGGCCAUUUGGCUGCCCAAAGUCUCCCUGUUGGCCAACCCCGUGCUCUUCCUGACCGUGAACAAAUCGGUACGCAAGUGCUUGGUGGGGACCCUGGUGCAGCUGCACCACCGGUACAGCCGCCGCAACGUGGUUAGUACGGGGAGUGGGGUGGCCGAGGCCAGCCUGGAGCCCAGCAUGCGCUCUGGCAGCCAGCUCCUGGAGAUGUUCCACAUCGGGCAGCAGCAGAUCUUUAAGCCCUCAGAGGACGAGGAGGAGAGCGAGGCCAAGUACGUCGGCUCAGCUGACUUCCAGGCCAAGGAGGCACUCACCUCGUGCCCAGAGGGAGAACAGGAGCCACAGCUUGUACCCUCCGUACCACCCCCGGGCACAGCGGACUCUGUAUCUCAGGUGGCCCCAGCAGCCCCUGUGGAACCUGGGAUAUUCCCUGAUAAGUAUUCUCUGCAGUUUGGCUUCGGGCCUUUUGAGUUGCCCCCUCAGUGGCUCUCUGAGACCCGAAAUAGCAAAAAGAGGCUGCUUCCCCCCCUGGGAAAUACCCCGGAAGAGCUGAUCCAGACGAAGGUGCCCAAAGUGGGCAGGGUGGAGCGGAAGAUGAGCAGAAACAAUAAAGUGAGCAUUUUCCCAAAGGUAGACUCUUAGCAAGGAUUGUAAGUGCCCGGAAGCGGCAGGGCACCUGUAUAUUCCCGCCCUCCCUCCACUCCGGCUGUAAGCCUCUGCGGGCUGAUCCUCCUCAGCAGGGCAAAUGCUUCUGAAUGAAAGGGAAGUCUACAUAAAAUCCAAUGUCCUCUUUAUUGAGGGAGUAUAUAUCUAUCUAUCUUAGUGAUCUGUGUCCUCAGUCAAACCCUAAACUGUAAGCUGGGUCGUGUGGCCCAGGUCUGAGGGGGCCUCCCUGCACAUUUUCUGGGAGACUCCUCCUUUCCCUGUGUAUAGCAGAGAACCCAAAGGGAGCAGGUACUCUGAGGAGGCCAAAGAUAAUUAUGGGCUGCAAUGGCCACAAGGAAGAAGCUGACUUGGCUUUUUAAAAUUUGGGGGUUGGUUUGUUUGUUUGUUUGAGACUGGGUCUCUCUAUGUAGCCCUGGCUGGCCUGGAACUCUCCAUGCAGAUCAGGUGGGCCUCACACUCAGAGAUCCACCUGCCUCUGCCAUCUGAGCGCUGGGAUUAAAGCACUCAUGUGCCACCAUGCGCAGUUAAGAAGCCUAUUUUGGUAACUAAAUAGGAAUAACAAGCAUCAAAUGUUUCUGUACUGCGGAGACAGAGCCAUGGUGCCCAAUGCUGUCCCUUAGAUUUCUCAGUCAUCUGAUUCUUGUUUUCUAUCAUCUCUCAUCCAGUCUUCUGGUCACAAAGAAGAGACGACUGGUCCCACCUUAUGAUAGACGUGGCAAUGUCUGAGGGAGGCUUUUUGCCCUCGAUUUAUCUUUGCAACCUGUUGGUACCACCAAGGCCUCCAACAAGUGGGCCUGCUUCUGUCAGUCAUCAGCAGUGUUGUCUGCAAAGCUCUGCGAACCCUUCACUGUGCGUAUCCACUAAAGUAUAUCUGAUCGACAACAGCGAAGGAAGCUUUAUGGUGGUAGAGACAGUCCAAGAAGUGCCCAUGAUGCAUAGUCUUUUUUUUUUCUUUUUCUUUCUUUCAAAAGAAAGAAAAAGAUUGAGUGAUGUACAGGUGAGAAGUAUGAGUGGUUAUAUGGUUGAACACUGCUUCCCAGUCUGAGCCACGGUGGGCGGGAGAGAGCACCCUUUCAGCAGCUCGGUGUCCUGAUCCUCAUGUGUGAUCCUCUGCGGGAUUGCUCUUUCAGGCCGAAUUCAAACCCCAUCCUCUUCUCUCACCUCAUCAAGUCAACAACUCUGGUCUUCUUUGUGAGGGUGUUUUGUUCUUGUUCAUGGCACUUGGUGGUGCCAGUCGGGUGUCUUGAAUGGAUGGAUGUUCCUUAUUGGCAACCUUCUACCUAUCAGAGGUGGUGGUCAUAGCAGGCCCUGUUUUAUUCAUGCUGGCCCUUGUUCCCUAGGAGGAAGCCCAGUCCAUGUGUAGGGAGCCUCUCUUUCUUUUCUAUUCUUUUGUUGUGUGAUGUCCCGCGAUUCCUGAGUGUGAACCCAAACACCUUCCCCUUGGAGAGGGAGCAGCUUCCUUUCUGUUUGUCACCUCACAGAGUUGUUUGUUCAAAGCAGAAACAAGACCCUCUCUGAGACCCUGCGGCCCUCUGCGCCCUGUGUACACGCCAGCUGUAGCUCUUUGGUCCUGAUACUGUGUUGACACUGUGGCCCUCCACACUCAUCAUUCAAAGCCUUCUCCAUUGUUACAGCUUUUACUAAGGGGAAAAAAAUAACCUGUCGGAAAAUUCUGCGUACCUGAGAAGAAUCUGUCAGAUGUGUUCGUGUUGGUGUCAUCCUGACAAUGUGUAUGACCUAAUAUGUUCUCAGCAGCAGAGUUUUGUCCUCCAAAUUCUCAUGUAUGUUUGAAAGAGAAGGCUGACAUUUAACUGGUUGUCAAAUGUGUUUCUAUACUCUUUGAGGAAUAACAUUUUAAUAAAAAUUAAAA